UGAGCCUCCCCAACACCCCCACCCCCUCCGCCCUGAGAGCAUUAUUGAUCUGAAGGGUAAAUGUGGAGGGAGCCACAGAGAGGGUCCAGGCGUUUCUGAGAAGAGAGGCUGACUCUUCCAGGAACAAAGUGGUGUCUGCUGGCUGCCUGGCCUGGGAAUCUUCUGUGAAUUAAAGGGGACAAAAUGCGCGGUCGUGGUUCGCUACAGUGAUUGAGAAGAGGGAAGAGACAGAGAGGCAGAGGGAGAAGUCGCACCUUGGAGCGAGGCUGUGUUGUUUCAUCCCGCUGCUGCCCUUUCUCCGUUGCUGUUCCUGUGCUGCGUCUGCUCUCAGCCAUCAGCACAAUUACCUGACUGGUCCUUUGUACGGAGGAUUGUAAUGACGUUGGAAAACAAGCGAAGUCUGGGGUAUUGAGAGAAUGGUAGCCUUUUUAAAGACAGCGAGGAGCUUGGCAUAAACAGAGGCAAAGGAGAAGAGCACGCUGCCACUCUGUGGGUGUUGAUUGAAAACUUCGAUCUCCUCACCCAUUUAUGGUUGAUCUAAAGGAUUUCUCACUUGAUCACCGAGAGUAUUUCAAUUAAGGUCUCCUUAGAUGGAAUGUCAUAAACCAGAAACUUCCAAAGCAUCAAUGUGUGAAUUACUGUCACUGCACUAAAACAGAAAGCUCAGUGGUCACAGACACUUCAACCCUGGAUCCCACCAUUCUACAUUAAGUACUGGAGUAUUUAUUACUCUUCUGUAGAAGAAAGACUUUGCCAAUGCUUACAAGGAACUCUUUAUACCUGCUUCUCUGGAUCCUGUUUGAUGGAGGUCUCCUAACACCACUGCAGCCACAGCCACAACAAACUUUAGCCACAGAACCAAAAGACAAUGUUAUCCACCUUCUGGGGAGACGGUCCCAUUUCCAACGAGUUAAACGUGGCUGGGUAUGGAAUCAGUUUUUUGUGCUGGAAGAGUACAUGGGAUCCGAACCUCAAUAUGUGGGAAAGUUACACUCUGACCUGGACAAGGGAGAAGGCACUGUUAAAUACACGCUCUCUGGAGAUGGUGCUGGCACUGUUUUCACGAUUGAUGAAACUACAGGAGACAUUCAUGCAAUAAGAAGCCUGGAUAGAGAAGAAAAACCUUUCUACACUCUUCGUGCUCAGGCAGUGGACAUAGAAACCAGGAAGCCACUGGAGCCCGAAUCAGAGUUCAUCAUUAAAGUGCAGGAUAUUAACGAUAAUGAGCCAAAGUUUUUGGAUGGACCAUAUGUUGCUAGUGUUCCAGAAAUGUCUCCUGUGGGUGCAUAUGUGCUACAGGUCAAGGCCACAGAUGCAGAUGACCCCACCUAUGGAAACAGUGCCAGAGUUGUUUACAGCAUCCUUCAGGGGCAGCCUUAUUUCUCCAUUGAUCCCAAAACAGGUGUCAUUAGAACAGCAUUGCCAAACAUGGACAGAGAAGUCAAGGAGCAGUACCAGGUCCUCAUUCAAGCGAAGGACAUGGGAGGACAGCUCGGAGGACUCGCUGGAACUACCAUUGUCAACAUCACCCUUACUGAUGUCAAUGACAACCCACCUCGAUUCCCAAAAAGCAUCUUCCAUCUAAAAGUUCCCGAGUCCUCCCCUGUUGGCUCAGCUAUUGGAAGAAUAAGAGCAGUAGAUCCUGAUUUUGGAAAAAAUGCAGAAAUUGAAUACAACAUUGUCCCAGGAGAUGGGGGAAAUUUGUUUGACAUUGUCACAGAUGAGGAUACACAAGAAGGAAUCAUCAAAUUGAAAAAGCCAUUAGAUUUUGAAACAAAGAAGGCAUAUACUUUUAAAGUAGAGGCCUCCAACCUUCACCUUGACCACCGCUUUCACUCAGCUGGGCCAUUUAAAGAUACUGCUACGGUAAAAAUAAGCGUGCUGGAUGUGGACGAGCCGCCAGUGUUCAGCAAGCCACUUUACACCAUGGAGGUUUAUGAAGACACUCCUGUGGGGACCAUCAUCGGAGCUGUCACAGCACAAGACCUUGAUGUGGGCAGUAGUGCUGUUAGGUACUUCAUAGAUUGGAAGAGUGAUGGGGACAGCUACUUCACAAUAGAUGGAACGGAAGGAACCAUCGCCACUAAUGAAUUACUAGACAGAGAGAACACAGCACAGUAUAAUUUCUCAAUAAUUGCAAGUAAAGUUAGUAACCCAUCAUUAACUAGCAAAGUUAAUAUAUUAAUUAAUGUCCUAGAUGUCAAUGAAUUUCCGCCAGAAAUAUCUGUGCCAUAUGAGACAGCUGUGUGUGAAAAUGCCAAACCAGGACAGAUCAUUCAGAUAGUCGGUGCUGUAGAUCGAGAUCUCUCACCUGCUGGGCAGCAAUUCUCCUUUAGAUUAGCACCAGAAGCUGUCAUCAAACCAAAUUUUACAGUUCAUGACUUCAGAAACAACACAGCUGGAAUCGAAACCCGGAGAAAUGGCUACAGCCGCAGGCAACAAGAAUUGUAUUUCCUUCCUAUUGUUAUAGAAGACAGCAGUUACCCUGUCCAAAGCAGCACGAAUACAAUGACAAUUCGUGUUUGUAGAUGUGACUCUGAUGGAACCAUCCUGUCUUGCAACGUGGAAGCAAUUUUUCUACCUGUAGGACUUAGCACCGGAGCUUUGAUUGCAAUCCUACUAUGCAUUGUUAUACUCUUAGCUAUUGUUGUGCUGUAUGUAGCACUGAGGAGGCAGAAGAAGAAAGACACCCUUAUGACCUCCAAAGAAGACAUCAGAGACAAUGUUAUCCAUUAUGAUGAUGAAGGAGGUGGGGAGGAGGACACCCAAGCCUUUGACAUUGGGGCUCUGAGAAAUCCGAAGGUGAUCGAAGAGAACAAAAUUCGCAGAGAUAUAAAACCAGACUCCUUCUGUUUACCUCGUCAGAGACCACAAGUGGAAGACAACACAGACAUAAGGGAUUUUAUUCACCAAAGGCUACAGGAAAAUGAUGCAGAUCCAGCUGCACCCCCAUAUGAUUCCUUGGCCACUUAUGCUUAUGAGGGGAAUGGGUCAGUGGCUGAGUCACUCAGCUCCAUAGACUCUCUCACCUCAGAGGCUGACCAGGACUAUGAUUAUCUAUCAGACUGGGGACCCCGCUUUAAGGUCUUGGCAGACAUGUUUGGAGAAGAAGAGAGUUACAACCCUGACAAUGUUACCUAGGGGAGAAGGAAAGGCUGAUACAUAUCUAAAGGAGAAAGUUUUGAGAAAAAUAACACAAAUUACACACACACACACACACACACACACAAACACACACACACACAGAUUUUGCAGGACAAGACUUUUUUGAUUAUCCAGUUUCUAACAAGUUGCUCUAUUUAUCAUAUUGUCAUUUUGGUUUACUCUGUAGACAAAAGAUAAAUCUUAUAAUAUGUACUUGCUUUGUUCUGUUUUGUUAUUUGGGAAACCCAUCGAGAUGAGCUCAGGCCUAUUAAAUGCAAUUCACUGACAUGACAACCUAGAAUGAAGAUAGCUAUGUGGCGUCACAGUGGAAGAGUGUGCGAUUUUUCUUAAUUCCACUAAAGUGCCUAUUGAAACUCUUAUCAUUAUAGUGGUGUUCAUAACACUCUGCUGUGAUGGCUUUGCAGGAGUCAGAAAUAAGAAGGAACAAAGCAGACAGUGUCUCUAUGUCAAGGAGCAAUAGUGACAAGCUGAUUCUCAUUUCUUUCAAGAACAGAGAAGAAUAAUUCCCAAGCUCCAUCUUCUUAUACGGCAAUGCUUUUCCUUUUGUAAACUGUAAACUAAAAACAAUGCUUUUACUAUUCUUUCAGAAACUGGAAUAAAAGAGACAUUAUUAAAUUCAAUAUGUAAGUUAUGAAUUCUGAGAGAAAUGCUUGAGUCAUAGCAUUAGUUCAUGUAAACAAUGUUAAUUAAGCUGUUAGUUUUUCCAAAAUAACUAAAUAAACUUAUACAGAAGGAAAUAAAAAGAAUCCCUCUUUAUAAAGAGAGGCCUCAGGGCUCAAAUUCCAACAUCAAGUCAAUAUCGGUUUGUUUAAUUCUAUACUGGCGUAUAGACAUUGUUUUUUAACAAAUCAUUGAGUCAUUUAAGCUUUCAGUCAUAGACAAAAUUUCAGCUUGUGUUUCUGCUGAAUUUUGGGACAGGAAAUAUGCUAUUAAUUUAACCAUGAGAAAAAUUUAACAUUGUGAUUCUCAGAGUUUCUCUCUGAGAAUCUCUAGUGGUAAUUUGAUGAAUGAUUCAAACAAAAUACAUAUCAAAUAUUGCAAUUUAUAAUGAGCAUAUAUGUUUAUUCUAUACUACUGAACAAAUAAGUCAGGGAACCUCAAAAAUAAAACCAAUGACUAAAUCCCAAAGGGAGCAAAACUUCAAUGCCAGGCAGCUGAUUCACUUUCUCUCAUGAUGUGAAUUUUAACUUUGUGAAGUCAGUUAUUAUAUCAGCCCAGCGUCACCUCUUUAUUAUCUCAUUUACACAAACCCUCAUGGAAAUUACUCCUCAUAACUCUUUAAAUAAAACUUCUCCAGUUCAUGGAAAUGCCUAAGAAAUGAUGGAAUUUGUGACUAUAUUAGUAAUAUACAUAGUUCAAAUCAAUUCCAUUUGGAUUAAAAAUCAUUUAGAGAUUCACAGGAUACAACACUUACAAAUCAACCAUAAAGUAACGAUGUAGUUAAAACAAUUAACAACUUUUACCUAUAGGUUGGAAAAAUUAAAGUGAAAGAGUUGUUUAUCACAUAUGGAUAGUAUCUGGUUUUAUGAUAAAUUUCUGUGAAUAUCAUUAUUAUUUGUGAGGCUAUGAAGAUAAAAACUCACACUAUAAAAUCUAAGAAAUUUACAAAAUUAAACAACUUAAUUUUAGGCAUAUUCUAAAAUGCAUAUUUUAAAUUACUUAUUGUGUGGAAAUAUGCGCCCUGUUUCUUUGUCCACCAUUUUGUAGACUGUUUUCUCCCUUUUGGAAUGGGAGAUUUAACCUUCGUUUUUCAGUCAGUCCUCCAUAAUUCUCGUUUCAAUUUUCAUGUAAAAAACAAUUAUAUUCAGUAUUUUACAUUUGAGAAAAAUAACUGUUUUAUAAAUCUUAGAAUUGCCAUGCUAGAGAAGAAAAAUUUGAUAAGACUUGUUUUUUAAUCUCACUAUGUAUGGAGAAUGUCUUCUUGAAGAAGGUUAAUAUUCAAGACCACACCCUAUUACAAUCUGACUCUUGUCAAAGACUAUUACACCUGAUAUGUUGACAGGAAAGAAAAUGGCCUUUUCGAGAAGUUGCUAAGCAGAAGCCAUGAUGACCUGAAGAUUUGAGAGGCAGAUGGCUUCAAUCACACGCCUAAGAAGAUAGAAAAAUAUGCAAUGUGUGGCUCUUAGGUCUCACCACACUCAUAUCUUCGUAAUUUCCUACAUUACUUCAUUAGCUCAAAAGAAAUGAUCAUAGAAAAAGUGGUUUUAAACAGUAGCAGUUUAUAUCCACAGCUCUGGUGGCAGGUUUCCUCUGACCAUCUUCCCCUCUUCAUGGAGAAGACCACAUUUUUUCACCACUGGGUCUCAUUUUGUGCUUGUUUCUGUUUCUCUUCUCACAAGGGCACUCUUUGUAUGAGAGCAGUAUCUUCCCAGAGGACCUCUAUUUACCUUGUUUAAUAAUAAUGGCCUUACCACCAAAUCCUAUUUGAACUGGGACUACAGCAUGUGGAUUCAUGCAAUCCCAAUCUGAAGAUACUAUCAAUGUUUAUUUUCUAAAUAGCAUCUCACUUACAAGAACCAAUAAAGGAAACAAACAUAAACAAGCAGAAUGUUAAAAAAUAAUAUAUGAUGUGGAAAGGAGAUCCUUUGGUGCUUAUAAUUAGAGGAACUAUGAUAGCUUUAGGCUACUGAAAGGACUAAGCCCAGUAUUUCAAUACCUGUAAUACCUUGGGAUGUUUUUCAUUCAUAAGACAGGUGUUGACCGUCAUUCAAGCAUUAAGCAAUAUAAAAAUGUUUAAAAUUUGUAUGAAUGAUUUAGCUAUAAACAAACAGCAAUUUUGUUAUUGGCUUGCAUGUCUAUCUUUAUAGAGCUACAUACAUAUGUACAUAUAUAUAACUUAUAUGUUGCCUUCAAUGCUACUCAAAGAAAUGUAUAGUCAGCAUCCAAAAAGUGAAGCAGUGUUCAUUGACGUACUAGAAAUGAUCUGUGUAUGUUGAACUUUAACCCGUUUUGACUCAAAAUGUCCUAUGGAUCAAAUUCCUUGCCUUUCUUUUAUUUUCUUUAGUAAAACCAGUUUCAUAUAUUCAGUGUUGUGGACAAUUAAUCUGAAAUUUUCUUGUCAUUAAAUUACAGCAAUGGUUGAAAUAUAUCAAAUAGCUUACCUACAGGCUAUGCUAAUUUAAACAUGCAUAGUACAUCAUUAUAAGUCGUAGUACAUAAAUUUUUGAAUCAUGUAGGGAUUUGACUGAUCUUUUAUCAAAAUCACUAGUUCUACUUAGAAAACCCCACGACUACUUUUCAUCAAUAUACCUGAAUAUUCUUCUGUGAAAUCAAGAGAAAAAGAAGUGUACAGGAUGAGAGAAAAAUGAUCCUAAAUUAGAUAUAGUGUGAGGAUGUUCUCUUCCCUUAAAUAUUAUGCUAAAAUUUCAAUACCUGUAGAGAAUAUGGGAUCGGUAUGCAACACCAUGAUGCAGUAAUUAAUGUGCACAAGCUCUGGGUUCCCUCCCAGGGCCACAAAUAUAGAAAAAUAAUAGUAAUGAUGAUGUGAUAAUGAUAAACAAUGUAAUGCAGAUGUAAAUAAGAAAACAAGGUAUUUAAGUGGAUCCCUGAUUAAACCUAUACCUAAAAACAGAGGUGUUUUAUAUUAGUAGCCUCACUAUGUUACCAGCAAACAGACUGAUUGUAUGAAAGAGAGGAUUAUUUACAUAAGAACUUCUGCUGAACCGUUUUUCUCCUUAACCUCUUAAACCUGCUAGCUAGGCUAGCCCUCCAAAAUGUAUUCAGAACCAUUGUUUCCUCAGUACCUUAAAAGCAUUUUGAGAGGAAGGGAAAUUGCUUAGCCUUAAAACUAACCUGCUGCUCUUCAAGAUGAUCUGUGUUCAUUUCCAGAACUUACAUGAAAAUGUCUCACAGCUGUCAUUAAGUCCCACACCAGGGGAUCUGAUAUCCACUUCUGAGAUUAUUUUACAUAUGCAGAUAUCAACAUGUGGAUAAACACAUAUGCACACGACUAAAAUUAAAAAAAACAAUCUUGGAAAAGUUAUUUUCUCUCAUGUCCUAUCAUAAAUUCACUGGUGAAAUAGAAGGAUGCUUUUAUCCAUCAUUAAUCAAAGGACACACAGCAUUGUGUAUGGGGCUAUUAAUCAAUGUCCUACUCUCAGUGUUAAGAAGCUUCGUAUUAAGUCAGAAUACUUUUUUUUGUCAUUCUCAUGAUUCAAUACUCAUUCAAACUUUUAGUACAGAGGGUUGGUACUCUGUGAAGUUUUCCUUUAUUCUUUCUGGUAGAUUUUGUGUUUUGUCUUUUAUGUAAUUUUAAUUCUUGUUUUUUUGCAUAUUUUGUGUUAAUAAUAAAUUGUGUUAUUUUUUACAUUUCAUUUUCACUAUAUAUAAUAUAUGUAUAUAUAUGUAUUAUAUGUUUUGUGAUGAUACUCUCAUCUAUGUCUUUUAGUUAUAAUUAUCUUCUUUACAAGAAUUUUCUGUUCAAUUUUCAGGUAUAUUUUGUUAUAUCUAUGUUCUGUUUGUUUUUGUUCUAUUUAACUAUCCGUACCAUAUGAGUUUUAUUUUGAGAUCCUUACUGUUUUAAUUCUAGCUACUUAUAAAAUUGUAUAUUCAUUUUUCUUUCCAAGUUGGAUGGGAAAACCUUGUCGAGAAAAAAAAUCAUAUUAUGUUAGACUUUCCUUAAAACAUAUCUUCAGCUUUAUUCCUUAUUUCAAUUAUGUGCUAUGCUCAAAAUAUCUAGGUUAUAAAGUAUUGGAUUCCCCUGUGACAAUCUAAGCUAAUAGACUUGAGACUUCUCUGUUUCAAAACCCACUGCCUAUGUUCAACGUCAUCUCACGAUUGGACCAUUAGCCUUCUACUCAGAUACUGCAAAUGUCUGAGUGUACUAUGGAAUAUGUGACACUUGGCUUAGUGUCAUCAUAAAAUCAUCGACAGACACACACACAUCCAUGUAUAUGUGAUAUGCAAUUGUAUAAAGCAUUGUUUUGUAAAACACAUUUUUUAUCAUUUAAACUGGUACCAUUGUAGUCUACCACAAAAUAGAGGUACACACAAAUAUAAACAAAGUCUGGAAAACAUUCUGAUUUUCUGACCUUUUUGACAAGCACUUCGUCUGUUGUAUUAGAACAACUGCAUUGAACAAAUUGUUCCUGUUUAUCUAUGUAUGCAUAAUACACAUGUGACUGACUAUAUGUAAGCUGAUAUUUACUCUUGUGAAAUACCACUGAAUUUCUUCAUUGAUUUUUCUCAGAAUUUCUAGUGUCAUGGAUUUUACAGCAAUCAAUCUGAUUGGCAAGUUUAUUAAAGGUUCUUGAAAUUACCUAGGAUUAUAAGUUCAUUCUCAUCUGUAUAGCUUUAUUAAAAGCGAAGAAAUAUGGUUCAAAAAAUUCCCACACAACUUGAUUAAGAGAAAGAAAGAAUAAACAAGGGAUAAAAUCCGUUUUAGUGUGAAGACAUAAAUAAAUAUAAUUUCAAUAUC